CACAGUUCAGGCCAACAUUCAAUUGCAGCAGUUUAACGAACUAACAAACCAGUGGCUCUAGUGAUAGUGAAACAGAGAAAGCCCCUUUUUGUAAGGAAAGGCAUGCGGCAAUGAUGCGAUGCUGCAAGUGGUAUUUAGUGGUUGGGCUAGGUUUGGGUAUUGCCGCGACUGGAGCGAUCUUUUACCUUGCUUGGCGUGAUAUAUUCGACAUCCUUGUGACCGAGGAAAAGUCGUUAAAUCCCGGUGCAAAGGCUUACAAAGAAUGGCGUCGUCCACGAGUGCAACCCGUAUGGCGAUUCUACAUGUACAACUGGACGAACGCUGCCAGCUAUCUCCAGCAACCGGGUACGAUGCUGCCUCGCUUUGAUGAGCUUGGUCCCUUCACCUUUGAUGAACACAGCGAGCCAGUGGAUGUCAAGCAUCACGCUGGCAAUGGCACGCUGUCGUACCGCAAACGAACGUACUUCCGCCGUAGCCUGGUAGACAUCUCUGGUGGUAAAUUGCAGCAAACAAACAUUACCAACGUCAACCUGGCCGCCCUGCUGAUAUCGUUUCUGUCCGCGAACCUGGAUUACUUCGUACAGCGAGAACUGUCUUUCAUGCUGCAUGACCUCAAUCAGACCAUCGAGACGACCCGACCAGUGGGGCAGCUGCUGUUUGCCGGCUAUCGGGGUCCACUGUGGGAUCAGGCACGGAAGCUACUUUGCGCUCGUUACCAGCAUCCGGGACUGUGUGAUGUCGACCGGUUGGCUUACUUCCUGACGUACAACAUUACAAGGAAAGCUAGCGCAAGGUACAGCUUGGGUACGGGCGUCGACGAUCGUGCCCCUUACGGGAUAGUUCGGUUAUGGAACGAAGGUACUAUCAAGGACUCACCUUGCGAGCAUUUCGAUGGAUACACGGGUGAAAUGUUUCCCUCACGGUUCGAUCGCAGGCAAUCGUUUCCUAUCGUCCUGCCGGAGUUGUGCCUACGAUUAACGCUUGAUUACGACGGAGAGCAACUGGUGAAUGGUAUUUUGGGCCAUCGGUUUGUGGCCAAAGCGAUCGAACCGUUUAACCGUACCGACCAGUGCAUCAAGGCGGACUACAGUUUGCGUGGCUACAGCACGUUAGCCUCGAACGAAUGCGUAGGGCUUCCAGUGUACAGAGAUGACACGCAACAUAACGUUCGCUCAGAGGUGCAAGGGGGUGAUGCGGGGAUGUACCUCAUAGUUGAGCCCACGACAGGGAUGCUGCUUGAAUCGCAAACGAGCCUCAAGUACCACACGUUCCUCACACCCAAUGCACACAUCGGACUCUUCCAGGAUGCACCCGAGCUGUACAUACCCCUGUAUCGGUUUAUACGCUACUAUCGAUUGGGCGACGCUAAUACGCAGAGUCUGAAGAAAAUGCUGCAUCUGCUCGAUGCCGGUCGUCAGAUAGCACUUGCUGGGUGUGCGCUGGGCGCCGUCGUCAUUCUACUCGCGGUCAGCUAUGCCUACUGGAAUGCUCACAGGACGAAAACUAAAGCGCCCCAGCGAAAGCUGCACGCAGAAUAUCACAUCGUAAGAGCACCGACGAGCAGUGUCGGUGGGAUCGUUACUCAAUGAACGUGGGUGGUAUAUACGGUAUAAAAAAAUAGGUACCACGAGGUCGGAUGCUGUAAACAUUUGUUAAUAUAUGGAAGGAUAGUUGUACACACGCAAACCAAAAUUUAUCCUUAAUAAAAUAGAUCGGCCAAAAGCCGAUCGAUUACUGGUUGCUUUUUUAAAAUAACGGAAACGGAAACAGUUCAUCCAGUCGUGACGC